AUGCAGUUCAGCACUCUUCUCCUCACGGCAGUCUUCUCCAGCCUCGCCAUGGCCAACUACAACAUCAUGCUUUACGAGAAGAAAGACUGCAAAAAGACAGUAGGCAAGACCUGCAGCAACGUCUCUGCUCGAACCUGCUGCGGCGACGGGGGGAAGAAGUACCGGUCCGCCAAGUUCGAAGAGACCGGCGGCGGCAACGAAUCAGAUGACCAGCUGAAGGUCUACAAGGAGUCGGACUGCGGUGGCUUAGCCAUCAAGCAGCAGACGGGUAAUAAAUGUCUCAGCAACAAGAAACAAGAGGUCGAAGGUGCUCAGGUUUUCGUCGUGAUCAACGCACGUGACGAAGAGAGCGCCGGCCCAGCUAAGAGAGUUGAGCCGGACGAGCAUUUCUUGGAGGAAGGAGGAUUCCGCUACACUCUCAAGCGCGAUUCUCCCGAGGGAGAGGCUUACGAAAUGCUUGCUCGCUUCGAAGACCAGGCUGAUCACUUGAGGUUCUUUGGGGAGCGUGAGGAGAUCCCGGAGUCUAUUGAGUAA